AUAUUACAAAAAUUGAAAAAUAUCAGUGUUAGGUAAACGUUUGGUUAUUUAACAGUGUUGUGUUGUGCUCUUUCGUGUCCCAGCUUCUUCGAAGAUAAUUACUAGUUGUGGUCUAUUUUUACUCAAAUCUGGAAAAUAAACAAAUACAAUCAGCUGGCUGAUAAAAAGAACCAUCAGGCAGUAAUAUUUGGGUUGGUGGAUAUUCAGUGGUAAUGUAAAUUGCCAUUGAGAAACCUUCAAAGACGUAUUUCUAGGCAGUAAAUCUGGCGACUGAAAUAAGAUAUAGGAUUGGAAUGAGACUGAUCUUGAAAAAAUUCAUUAUCCACACAUCAUCAGACCACUUCUCAGAAGGAGUCGAGUAUAUUGAGAUAAAUACCGCAAUUUAGUUUGUGCAGUAGAAAUACUUACUUUUAUACUCCAUGAAAUUGUAUGAACUGAGAAAACCAGAAGCCGUUUGCAGAAUAUUCUUGUAGUUUUAUCUUCAAUUCUGUAAUAAAAGACAAAGACUCAUUAAAAUGGCAGCAAGAACUCAAUUUGCCACAGAGAAACCAUCGGAAGACUGUAAAGGUGCCCAGGCCGCGAAACGGUCCCCCUUGAGGCAGUUCGGCCCCCUUCUGGUAGCCAUGGUCGGUCUGCCGGGAAGGGGCAAGAGUCUCCUCGCUAGGCGCCUGUCCAGGUAUCUGAACUACACCGGAGAGAAGACGAGAGUUUACGACAUCAGCGAAUACCGGCGCAAACACAUGGAGCACUACGAUUCGCACGAGAUGUUCCGGGCGGACAACCUCCCGGCCUGGAGGAUCCGACAGCAGAGUUUCAGAGAAGCCUUGGAGGACGCCGCCACUUGGCUGCAGCGGCCCGGCAACCAAGUCGCCGUCCUCGACGGCCCGAACGUCUCCAGGUCGCAGAGGCAGGAGAUCUACGACCUCGUCUACUCGCAGCUCGGCUUCAGAGUGAUGUUCAUCGAGUGCGUUUGCGAAGACCCCGUCCUUCUGGAGCGUAACUUCAAGGAAAUCCUCAAGUACAGCGUCGAUUACAGGAAAAUGGCGACCGAAGAAGCCCUCAAAGAUCUCACACAUAAGAUGGCGCACUACAAGGCUCAGUACGAGUCUCCGACCCUGGGAAGCCUUUGGGAGCUGCCCUGCCCGAUGGUGAAGAUCUUGGACGGUGGAGAUGGGGGGAUCAUAGCGCACGGAGUGACGGGUUCGAAAGAGAGCAAGAUUUUGGCAUAUGUGUCGAUGCCUAAACCGCAUCAGCAAACCCUUUACUUCAGUAGACAUGGGGAAAGCGAGUUCAAUGUCAUAGGAAAAAUUGGUGGCGACGCCACAUUAUCGCCUCGAGGUAGACUUUACUCAAAAGCGCUAGCCAAUCACGUGCACGCCUUGAACCUUCCCAGUCUUCAAGUUUGGACAUCAACUUUGAAGAGAACCAAAGCUACCAGCGCUAAUAUUCAAGCCCCCCAACAGCACCUGCACGAACUUGACGAGAUUUGGUCGGGGGAUUGCGAAAGCCUCUCGUAUGAAGAACUGCAGGAACACUUUCCGAAAGAGCUGGCUCUGCGCGACCGAGAAAAGCUCAAGUACCGCUAUCCUCAGGGAGAGUCCUACAUCGACGUGAUGAACCGUCUAGUCCCGGUGCUCACGCAACUUGAGUGCGAGACAAACGUGCUGACCGUUUCCCAUCAGGCAGUGUUGCGUUGCGUUUUGGGGUACUUUCUAGAAACUCCACCGGAAGAAAUUCCAUACAUUCAUGUUCCUUUGCAUACAAUCAUCAAACUGACUCUACAGGGGUUCACCUACAACAUGGAAACUGUCAAGAUGCCAAUCGAUUGCGUAGACACCAACAGAGCCAAGCCGAUAAAUUGUUCUGAAACUCGCAGCGCUGCCGAUGCCCUUUUGACCCUGCCCGCUCACUAUGAUUCCAUUUCCAGCUUGAAAACGCCGACACCUUGUACCUAGCUCAGAGUGGGGCAAUGCUCCCUAUUGAAACAGACGUCGAUCAGUGGUCGACAAGUCACGAAAUCGAUCGCUCAGGCAUUUUUUGAGUGCUGGGAGAGAUUUUGGUAAAAUAGGGGUCUUGGCUUUCGAUUGAAUUUGUAGAAUGAAACAUGUAGUUUAGUAAAACGAAAUGUUUUAAUCAAAUUUCAAGUAAAUUUCACAAUGUAACAGAUUUAUUUGUUUUUAUUUGUAGGGAUAUUUCUUGGAAGUUCUUUAUUAGUAUUUUUAGAACAAUUUUCAAGAUGGUCGCUUUUUACCACUUUCGGUUAGUGGUUUCUGCAAAUUUUUGACACUAUCAAUGCUUCUUUGGCAUUUUGUUGGUGUGUUAAACCAUUUUGGUCAUUUUUCCUGCAUUUUUUUGAAGGGGAAGAAAUCAACAAAUUGAGUAUAGAUUUCUUAGUUCCUGAUAUGUUAUGUAAUUUUCAGCAAGGAUAAUUACUGGUUUACUUGUUUUUAUGUGAAUCAAUAAAAAUUUUAUUGAAAA